GUCUCCGCAGCCUACUUCCCCUUCGUUCAUGGAAACAGAUUAGCAAUAGAAAAGGCUAAAGAAAUCAAUGUUAUCUCAAAUUCAUCGUUGAUUGCGACUUUUGGCAAGGAGCUGAGUGGCCUUCGAAGACCUUGGCCAACAUGCUGCCCGAGCCGGAGUUGCUUGGUCAUUUUUUCCACCAGAUUUUCCAGUCAGCGCAAAACAAAAGGAAAACCGACUGGAAAAAGACUACGAAGGGGAAGCCAAAGGAGAAGCGUAAAAAAGGUGAUGUUGCCUCUGAGGUCGUGGUGCCUGCUCCGCCGGACGUGCAACUGCCUGGAAACCCAUCGUCCUUAGCAGUUUUCGCCAGUGUUCGGCUGUCAGUGUUGGAAAGGUGGCGCAGACAAACGAGCCAAAUUCUUUUGAGCAAUCUUCUGGGAGAUGAUGGAGGCGCAGACAGUGACGAUGAUCUCACAGACAAGGACCCAGAGAGUGCUCUCAGGGUGCCCAAGCUCGUUGGAUUUGGACUCUGCACAGUCUUUGAACUUCUGCGCGAGAGUCGGCAGUUGCACCCAACUCUGUGCACAAAAGCCCUCAGAGCUCUGUUGGACAUUCUGCAGGGACAGCAUCCAGAAGGGCUCAAAUACGAACCCAGCACUGUUGUUGACCCACUGUUUGAUCUCCUGCUUGAUCUGGCAACUUCUCACGGUCCAGACGCAUCCCAGGAGGAAAACACCCACCUCUCUGCAGUGGCCUGCAGUUGUCUAUUGGCCCUGGUUGUGGCCAGAGGCGACACAGGAAAGCUUCUCUCGGCCACCUCGGCUCUGUUGAUGAGCCCAAAGAGCCUCGUUGUGCAAAGCAUCGACAUGCCAGAGAUUUUGGCAGCUCUGCAGCGAAGUGUCCACAAUGUGCUUUUAGGGAAGCAGCCCAGACCAGACUGGAUAAGCCACGGCAUUCCGAGGACAAUGCUUAUUGACUCAUUGAAAUUGAAAUUAAUGUCGGGUUGUGAAUAUGAAGCGUACACAACUGGGAACCACUCUCUGACUAGUGAUGGCUACUUUUUGUACCUGUUCCGGCAUGGAUCGCUCUACAAACUGGGAUCUGGCUACGGUGGAACCACAAAGGGAGCUGUGAUCAUGAAGAAAGAAGACUUUUCGCACUAUCAACAGGGCUGGCUCGGACAUGCCAAUGGGAAGUUGUACUUCAAGCCGAUUGGAGUGCGACUCAGCUCGCAAAAGCUGUACCUGAUUGACUCUGAAACCCUGGUCCUUUCUAGGCCCCUGGAUUUGGCUGACUACACAGCGUGGGGACCAGGAGCGUUGUUUUCCGACGGCGAGUCUUUAUUCGCAAUUUCAUCCUCUAACGACGAUGGAUUUGCCAUAAGAAGCCUGACUGGGAACGCGCCAAUGGAAAUGCUAGCAUUGAAGCUGGCAAGGAAAUGCAUGGAAGCCUGGGGAAACGUGGGAGGCGAAGAUGGUGGACUAUUAAACACCGAAUCCAGUGUCUUGGUCAAGACCAACACUGAGGAAGAUCCCGUUUUCAUUGCAGCCGGAAAAGAUUUCGGUCUCGCUAGAACUACGUCCGGAAAGGUGUUAUUCAGUGGCAAGGGAAGCAGUUUAGGCCUUAAGCAGAGUGGUGGUGUGAUUUCAAGUCCAAGUAAAUGGAGCAAGUGGAGUGAACUGCCGGUUACUAAGUCUCCAAAAUUGAACCACCUCGCUGUGGGACAUGAAGGCUUGCAUGCCGUGCUAGUCGCUGAAGACGGAUCUGUGUUUUUUGUUGGCACUGCAAGAAGGGGUGAAGAUGGAGAUCAAGCCAAAGCGCGGAGGCAGCCUAAACCUGUGAAGCCUAAAAAGAUGGUAAAAGUUGAGGGCCAGUUUAUCGUUCAUGCAGCUUGCAACAACGGAACAACCGCUCUCGUCAAUCGGGAUGGCGAACUGCUUAUGUUUGGCAAAGAUACAGCACACUGCGACCCUUCAACAGGCCUUGUGAGUGGGCUGAAGGAGCAGGAAGUGCAAAAAGUGGCUCUGGGUAAAGCCCACGCUGUAGCACUGACCAGCAAAGGACACGUUUACACCUUCGGCAUCAACAACAAAGGCCAGUGCGGACGCGAAUUCGCUGUCCAAGUCAGAGAAACUCCUGCUGUAGUUGCCAUGGAAACUGCUGCUGAAGAGUGCGAGGAGGAUGGCGAGGCAGAGUGGGACGAGGAGCAAGCUGAAGGUAUGUGCGCCAGGGGCAGGCACAAGUGGCACCACGACAAGUGCAUGAUAUGCACCAUCUGCAGAGAGUGCACCGGUUACAGCAUCAGCUGCCUCAGCAGCAUGCGGCCUGAUAGAAAUCCUGGACAGGCUUGCGGCUGUGGUGCUGGUGAUUCUGGUUGUGCGAUUUGCGGUUGCUGUAGAAUUUGCGCGCGUGAGAGCGUCGACAACUCAGAUGUGGCCAUUUUGGGACCUAACGGCGCCGGCGACCUUGGAGGCAUGGUGCGGCUAGACGUAAUUUUCGGCGGUCCAGGCCGGCACUCGGCCCGAUUCCAGGAUCACCUGCAACGCAGAUUGGACGAGCGUAAACAAAGAUUGCAGAGAGGCGGCAAGGUCUACGUAGGCAGAAAGGUGUCCGCACGGAACGCAGCCAAACUAGCGGCUGCAAACUCGAAAGGCCGGCAGGCCAAAGGGGAAGGUCAGGCCCUGGCCGCUGGACUGGUUGCCUCUUUGAUGGCUGGUGAGGAAGCAGUCGGAAGUGAUAUGGAGAGGGAUGCGAGUAGAGUCACCUCUCUCGCUCCAGCCAGAGUGAUCAUUCCGUCAGAUUCACCUGCUGUACAGAUCGCGUGCGGCUUACAUCAUACAGUUGUUCUUCUGCUCUCUGGAGAGGUGUACACGUUUGGCAGCAACGCUUGUGGUCAGUUAGGUGUUGGAGACAUGGCUCCAAGAGGAGGGCCAGUGUUGGUGCAAGUGCCUGGAAUCGUGACCCAAGUAGCUGCGGGCAGCAACCACACCGUCCUUAUCACCUCGGACGGUGAAGUGUUCACGGUGGGUAGCUUCCAGAAAGGACAACUUGGACGCUCAGCGCCUGACUUGGAAGACGGAGAGGGUGCUUGUUCUAGUUCCCACAGAAACGGCCAGUCCUCCAGAAGCAAUGGUGUCAACGAUGGAAUUUGGUAUGCUGUUCCUGCACCGAUUCCGCGUAUUGGACCUCAACACGGUCGCAGAGCAACCUGGGUUGGAGCCUCUGGUGACAUAACGUUUGUGAAGGUUGACGAAAGUCUGAUCAACGCAAGCAGUCUCACUAACUCCACUGUCGUUGCAAACAAGACUUGCAUCGUCAUUCUGCCUACGGACUGCGGCACCUCGAGCUCAUUUAAAAGUCUAGUCAUUAACAAACUGGAUGGAAAUUGCUCAAGUUUUUCCUCGUCUCAACAAAUGGACUUCAGCAAACACGCUAUUUGUCUUGAUCCUCUGUACAAUGUGAUGUGGGGGCUUAACUGUCAGACUGGAGAGCUUUUCUGCUUAAAUCCGAUCGCAGCUAACAUUAGCCCUCUACCUCCACUACUGACUCCAGAGUUAGCUCUUCCAGUCAUCUCAAAUUGCUUUGUGACCAGAACUCAGGCUGCUUUGCAUCUUCUUGGUUGCAUUGAUACCUUGACUGGAACCCAGGAUCUCACCAGCCAUGCCAUCAGCGAAUGCAUCAAUGUCACUCCUGGCAAAUGCACAACCCUGGUUCGCUCGCUAACCUCUGCUGCAGCGCCACCGCGAUCAAAAGUUUACAGCUCAGAAGAUUUCUCUGCUGUGAACCGAUUUGAAAGCUAUGGCGGUGGCUGGGGCUACUCAGGCCAUUCGAUUGAAGCCAUCCGCUUCAUGUCUGACACUGACCUCCUAGUGGGUGGCUUCGGACUAUUUGGGGGCAGAGGCGAGUACACUGGCAAGAUCAAGUUGUACGACAUUGGUAUGGACGGAGGCGAGCAAGAAAUCGACGGCGAACUGCUGGCGGAAACCGAAGAACUGCCUUAUGAGUGUGCGCCAAGGCAGAAAUUCGCAAUGUUGUUUGACGAGCCUGUGGCCAUCCAACAGUACCGUUGGUACGUCGCAUGGGCAAGAAUCGGUGGGCCUUCAAGCGACUGUGGCUCAAGUGGUCAAGGAACUGUCAGCACUGAGGAUCAGGUUGUCUUCUGCUUUAAGUCCUCUCGCAGAGCCAACAAUGGCACUGACGUCAACGGCGGCCAAAUCCCGCAAAUUCUGUACAGAGUGGUGGUACCCGAGAGCCAGCAGCCGUCAUGCAAGCUGGACCUGUUGGAGCCAGUUUAUCAGCUGAGCAAAAGCUUCUCGCGGUCCGUCAGUAGAGAGUGCUUCCACGCACUGCUUGCACUGCUGCAAUGGGCUUGGACAACUUUCAAGGUUGGCUUGCUGGCAUCGCAGGCCAAUAUUGCAGAACUUGAGAACUUAGUGUUUGUCUGCCGUGCCUGCCUUCGAUUGCUCCGCAUGUACACAAAUGAGAUCUAUCCCAAUGAGCCCAAGCGAACGCCCACUGAGUCAGGCCAGCUAGCAUCAAGCGUAGGAGAUGUUCGGUCUUUGCUGCGACAAAUUCUGUCUGAUGCUGUCCCCAGGUCAAAACGAUCUGGCAAGAGCCUAAAGAAAGGGCCUGAUGACCCAUACCUCACCAAAAUGGUCAACGAAAUCCUACAAGAAGCGCACUUGGCCUUUGUAGCCUGUUUCCAUGCUUUCUACCCGACCGCGUCUCUUCGCUGGUCGGCCCUGUGUCAUCUACUCGCUGAAAUGGACAGUAGCUCGCACCUUGACAAACUGCUGAGCGCAGUCUUGGCCGCUCUCUGUCAUCCAGCAGUGCGCCUGAGGUCGACUUUUCCAGUUCUAGGCGUUCUAGAGCACACGACUUUGCCGCUUCCCCGAGAGACGGCAACAGGACAAAGCUACUCGUCAGACUCAUCGCCCGAAACCUCUUCGCCAGUGUCGACAGGCUCUUCCUCCACGACCACGGCCAACAAUACGCAGGCAAUCGCAGGGCCUUCUCAGCCAGUCACGCCAGACAAUCCGCAUGGGGUUGCCGUCCGAGGCUCUCCAGAUGCGCACCACUACCCCCUUUUGGUCGAGCACAUGAUUUAUAGAGGCCAGAUGGAGGAGGGCCUUGGCACCAACAGCUGGCAGUUCAAAGAUGUUCUCGAAAAGCUGCUGGACAUUGUGACUGUUCCCAUCAGUCAAGCACUCAACAGGGACAAGGAGUCGUACUCGUCAGAACUGACUCAUCACUGCUGUCACCUCAUUGCUAGAGUAAUUGCUGAGCUCGCUUCUCAGUCAAGUGGCUCAGAUGAAGAACUGGAGGGAGCUUGUGGCAGGGUGAUGCACACAACGCCGUGCAGAUUCAUGCGGUGCAACAACUGCAGAUCGUGGAACACCGGCAAUGGAUCUCCAGAUGCUGUUUGCUUCACAGUUGACAGGCCUGGGGUAGCUAUUAUUGGCGUGGGAGUCUAUGGAGGUGGAGGCAUUUACGAAUUUGAACUGGAACUUCUGGAUGACCAGAACAGUGGCACCUCUGACCCAUCGCACUCCCAGCGCUGGAACAGCCUUGAAAUCGCGCGGGGCACCUAUGGUCCCGACGACUGCGUCAGCGACGUGGCUGAAAUCAAGUUUGACAAGCCCGUCGUGAUCAGGGAAGGUGUCAAGUACGCGGUUCGACUGAGAAACCAUGGUGGAAGAACCAACAAUGGUGACGGUGGCCUGAAGAGUGUCAGAGGCCCCGACGGCACCACAUUCACGUUCAGCACGUGCUCCCUGAGCUUCAACGGGACAACUCAGACUAGAGGACAGAUUCCACACAUUCUUUACUAUAGCAGCCCACAGGAUUCAGAGAAUCAGCAAAAUAGCAGAGCUGUGGCCGAAAUGCAGGCCAGAAAGUGCACUCUGGGACUAGCGGGGGCGGUAAUCAAACGAAGCAGCGCCCUGUUGGCAGCCGCCAGGAGUAUCGACUCUGCAAACCUAGAAAUUCUAGCUGGAGCAAACAUAUUUACCACGCUGAUGCCUUUAGUGCUGGCCAAUAUCAGUCCUGUAGCAACCUCAGACCCAAGGAGUGCGGUGCAGGUGCUAGAAAUGAUCCAAGAAAUCCUGCCACACGUCUCAGCCCUGAAUUUAAGCGGCUCAGCGGCGAUGGCCCGCAGCAACGCCUCUCUGGACAGCAGUGGACACCAAGACCUGUCCAACGCGUCGGCCGUGAACACGACCAGCACCACCUCGCUCCACCACGCCAUUGUGGAGAGCGAGCACCCGUACAAGGCCGCGGUCGUUUCUAACUGGAAGGUCGUUUUCCCUGAGAGCGUCAAGUGGCUAACUGUCGAGUUUGACCCUCAAUGCGGAACGGCUCAACCAGAGGACUCGCUGCAGCUGUUCAUCAAACCAACUGGUGAUUGUGGGACGGGAGAGGCACUUGGAGACGACGAGGAUGGCGUGCAGAACUACUGGCCUGUCCUCACCAAAUUCAGCGGUGCCAACAAUUGGCCCCAAAUGGCCAUUGUCCUGCCUGGAAAUGAAAUUUUCUUCUCCCUUGAGACUGCCUCUGAUUACGUUCAAGAUGAAAAAGCCAACAAUUAUGGCUUUCGGUGCCUAGUUGUCGGCUAUGAAUGGCCCCAUGCACCGGCUGAUGGUCUGCGCCAUUUGGAAUGUGAACUUGCUUUUCUCGGCGGAAUGUGCGCAGCCUCACUGAUGAAAAAGGACUUGCAAUUGCCACCGGCGUCUGUCGAAGAAGUGGACGAAGAUGUUGAGGCGGUGGAAGAAGUUGCGCAACAGGUCUUCCAGCAGAACAGCACACUUCUUGGCAAAGGCUUUGCCCUUGCCAGUCCGCCAACAAUUGGCCAAGCUCUACAAGGCGUGCUACCAUUUAGUUACCAGUCGAUCGAGCGUCAGUUCUUGCGCGACUUGGUGCAAUGCACCCCAGGGACGAGCGGAGGACGGCUUGCCAGGUGGCUGCAGCCCGAGUCGUUCGUCGAGCCGCGACGCUGCGAGGUGCUCUACUCCAAGGACGACAUGCGCUGCGGCUGGCCCGCCAUCGUCACCAUCCUCAGCAAGGACCAGUACGGACACCUGGUCAACGCACCUAACCUCAAAAUCGAGGUUAAGGCAAGCCCCAUCGACAAAGGAGACAUCGGCCUGGAGACGACCACAAACGGAUCGGCAGCGGUCAACCGCAGGUCCCGCCGAUUCAGCAUGCCCGACGCGCUCUCCUUUGGAGGGCAUCCCCAACCCUCGCUUGAAGUCCCAUACGAAGUCACUGUUAAGGAAAAAAUGCACUACCAUUCCAUCAGUAUUAUGAAGGCCUACGAAAACUACUCUUUUGAGGAGCUGAGGUUCAUGUCUCCAACCUUACGGAGGACGAGCGAAAACAUGUUGGUCCGCCCAAACGGAGACGGCACCUACAGUGCGACUUGGACGCCAGCGAGCACGGGAUGGUAUAUGGUGCUGGUCACCGUCGACGGAUACCCCUUGGAAGAGGCAUAUCGGGUGGAAGUGAAAGACGCCCCGCAGGGCAUCGCACCCCCUACAACCACUGUGAUAAAAAAGACUCCAAAUCAACCAAGUAGACUGAGGAAAUAUGUGGCCAAGUUUUCGGCUGGUCUCAGAAUUCGGUCGCAUCCUUCUCUGCAGAGUGAACACAUCGGAACUGUUGGUGUUAAUGGCAUAAUCAGCUUUGUAGAUGAGAUUCACAACGAUGACGGUGUUUGGGUGCGCCUGGGCAAUGACUCAAUGCGUCAGUACGGCAUCUCAUCAAGCUACCCUGAAGCCUGGUGUCUGCAGUACAACCAGCACCUGGGCAAAACCCUCCUGGUGCCAGUGGAGGAGCCAAAAGUCGUGUCUGAUGAGGGUUUCAGGAAGGUGAGCGUCAAGAAGACGUCCUCAAAUGAGAGCCCGCUGAAGGAGAGGAAGCUGUCGGCGCCAGCCCCAACGGGUGGUCCCGGUUUCUACAAAGUUGUCAAAUGCGGCGCUUCAGGCCACAACAUCAGAAGCAGACCCAGCAUGACCGCGCCACCCGUCGGGAUGCUCGUCGCUGGAAAUCGAGCUAUGAUUGUCGCAGACGAUGUGAACAGUGAAGGCACUUGGGUGCAGUUGGACCACGAAAGCAAGAAGGAGUUUUGCUUUAAUACUGAUGGGGAAGCGUGGUCUCUCGCCGUCAGCAAGGGUGAUGUCGUUUACCUUCAACAUGAAUUGGCCAAUGAUUGCCGGCUUGACAAAACUCCAGGAGACCAUCAUCCGUUCUCCGUGCCUCCGAAAAAAGCCUUUGACUUCACUGCGCAAAACAGAGCAGAUGCCUUUACUUUUGCCCAAAAAGAGCCAGGCUCCGCGAGCUCUGCGGGCAGCAUGACUGGAAAUCCGUUUGUGUUUGGCUCUCUAGAUUCAAAGAAAAAACAAACAGAACCAGAAAUCGCGCCAAAACCCCAAUCUGUUGGCGCUGGAAGGUUCAGCGCCCUUAAUAAGUGGCUCCGAGGAGAAUCCACGCCAACCAUAGUGGACACCAGAGGCUCUCCGCCUGUAAUCCCUCCCCCACCUGGUCCAACUGUCAAACUGGUGACUGGCAUGUCGAGCAAAGACCUUCCUCCGGAGCUGAUGGGAGUCUCGGUGAAAGAUUUAGUCAAGGCGAUCGGUGAGUCUCGGGCCAAUGGCAACGGAGUCACGCCUCCUGGCACCCCACGUAGGCCCAGUCGUAGCUCGAGCCCCAAAGCCCCUUUGCCAGGUACUGCAACAAUUCUCGCGCACCAGGCCAGCAGUAGAAGCUCCAGUCCUGUCCCCAUUCCACCAGCAGGAAAAUUAGACAGCGUUGCCAGCAGCGGCGGAUCCCCAAAAAGCAUUGGAGUUUCCCCAUUAGUUUCAGCGCCAGGCAAUAUGACCACCGCCGAGAGCGGCCGAAGAGGCUCCACUCAGAGCGACACUAGUGCCCUCUUAUCCUCUUUAACUAGAGACCUCUCGCACAGCCCUAGCAACAGCUCCCUGCAAAUGAGGUCUGAGAGUCCAAACAGCCUGCAUGGCCAGCUUGUCGAUCAGACUACUGGCAGUCCAAAACUCACUCAGACCGGCACACAAACUAGUCCAGAUGGCAGUCUGAAAAGUUCUCUUCAUUUCAACGUGGGUGACAGUUUGGGAGCCGCGACGGCAGUCCCGGUUCGGAUUUCUCCAAAGCCGGUGAGGAAAGAGCGGUCCAGCUCAAAAAAUGUCCCAAACUCAAGUAACCGCAGCAGAAGGGCUAACUCACCAAAAGAGCAUCACCACAGAUCUAGAAAUAGAGGAACUAGUCCAGCUCAUCCUUUGGCUAAAGAGCCAGUGAAAGAGGCGAUCGCCCCAUCUGUGGCCGAGUGCUUGCGUGCUGUAUUUGCCGCUUUUCUUUGGCACGAGGGCUUGGUUCAUGACGCCAUGGCCUGCGCCUCCUUCCUUAAAUUCCACCCUGGAUUGCCAAAGCAAGGAGCUUUGGUCAUCACAAGACAGCAGAGCUCACUGAGCUCCAACUUGGACAAGGUCAAGCAGAGACACUCUGUUGAGGUAUCUGCCAGCAACUACCUCCACAUCCAGCCAUCUACGUUGGAAACCUUGACAAGGUGUGCUGCAAACGCCAAUGCAAAUCGCAGGAAAAAGCACGAUUCUGCAGGUGCCAUACGAGAAGAGGAGCCCACGUCUGAGGCAGGAAGCACUGCCGGCGCUGCUGUAACAGUUUUGCCACCCGCCUUGCGGUCGCUGGUGUUGCUGUGGGAAGAAUUGAGCAAGGGAUGCUUGAGGACAAUUCAAAGGCAAGAGGUCAUGCAAUCUCCCAUGACUGCGUCGGUGGUUUUGAGAAGGACUGAAAGCGGCAAGGCAGCGCAGAGCUCAUCAAAUCAGCCUACUAGCUCAAAAGAGAAGAAGGAGGGUGAAAAGAGGGGAAGGAAGAAAAAGGACUGGAGGCCGAUCGGAACGGUGGUCAAGUCGCAGGAAAUUUCAGGCCGACUUCCAGGCUUACCGCAAAGAGAGACUGUGUGUGAACUUUGCGGUGGCUCCUUCCCCCAACCAAUCACAUUCCACAUGAAGAGUUGCCAUCCUGGCUGCGGGGAGAGUGCUGGAGGGAAGGGCUACAACUCAGGUGGCAACUUUUGCGUUGGCUGGGCAGGAAACUGCGGUGAUGGUGGAAUAGUUGGGAGCACUUGGUACUUGAUUUGUGACACGUGCCGUGAGCGCUACCUGAAGCAGCGGAAGCAGCAGAGGAAAGACUCACUUAGCGGGCACAAAAAGUCAAAGAAAAAGGUUACAUCAAAGCUGCUCUCCCCGAUGCUGCUGCAGGAGAGUCACGUGGUCAUGAAGAACAACGCAAUGUUCCUGCUGGAACUAGCGAGCGCGUCUUCAAGAGAUCCGCCGCCAUGCUCGCCGCCUCUGAGGAGGAGCCCCCAUGGAAUGCCUUCCGUCUCCGAGCAGGAGGACGGACCGUUUCCCAGUCUGCCAUCUGGUUUGCCUGGCUUCCAGUGUCUCUCAACUCUUGGAGUCAGUCCUGCUCAGGUCAGACACCUGGCUGAGGAGCACCUGCUGGCUGAAACACUCCGGAAGAACGGGGAAGAGGGCCUUGAUAGAUACCUAGAAGGAAUGGAGUCAAAGAGUGUCCGGCCGGUGUCCGACUGUCCCCUAAGCGACUCUGAGGACAGCCUGAGGGGCCGACCCUUCCAUCGCUCCAUCUCAAUGGGCACCAAAGACUGGCAGAGCGGCCGGCUGGUGCGUAAACGCAACAAUUCGAGCGGCGAACCCAAUGAGGCUGGCAGCUCGCUUCUUUGCCACCCGUCAGCUGCGCUGCAAAAGCUGGUUCCCUUUGACCUGAGCUGCACCCUGUCCACCACGGACGAGAACAACGCCCCCAAACCCCGCUGCGACCUGAUGGAGCGGCCCGUGAUGGAGUUUGUCAUGCAGCAGCACAACCUUGAGAGUCUGCAGCUGGCCAUGAAGCAGGCCAUCAGGAAGGCCGCGUGCAGGGUCUACGCCAUGCAGGCCCUCACCUGGCUCCUAAGAAGUGUCACGCAGCCCACUUGUCUACACGACCUGCUCUGGUGGUUCGUCGCUGCCCUCACUCCCGCAUCCGAGUACAGUGGAGCCAUUGCUGAACAGCCAAUGGACAACGAACUAGGCAGAAUUGGAAAAUUCGAAGACCACGAGUUGCACGCCGUAUGCGAACAUCCAUUGAGCGACCUCGCGGUGGCUGGUGACGCGGUGAGACCUCUACCGUCGGCCUUCCACAGCCUCUUGCAGGCAGUGGCCGACCUGAUGCUGCUCCUGCCCAUGGGAUCCGCUCUGCAGCAAAUGGCAGUCAGGUGCUGGGGCAUUAAGUUCAGGCACUCGGACCACAGCUUCCUCCACAGGAGCCACGUCUUUAGCAAUAUCAGCAAAAUCCUUUCCAGAACUGAAGAGGAGGAGGCGUUUGACGAGAGCCACCACUCGAUCCUCUCUACCACCACCAGUGGGCCUUGUUUUGUCGAGACACUCCGGGACCUGACCGCGAAUGUGGAAAUCAAAGCUUCCAGCCGACAGGCAAUGGUGUUUAGCCUUACUGACUUUUCAACCGAGACGUUCUGGGAGUCGUCAGACGAGGAUAGGAACAAAACAAAAUUCCUGAUGGUCACUUGCGCCAAGAACUCAUGGCCCAAGAUGGUCUACGUGCACAUAGACAACUGCAGGGAUUUGGCCAACAAGGUGUCUAUUAUCUCCUUCCAAUCUGGGCCAAACGCUGAAGAACUCUACAAGUUAACUCAGGUUGACGUCGAAACUCGAUACUCAGGGUGGAUCUCAAGCAUCAUUCCAGAAAACCAUCACAGCGUGAUUAGGAUUGAGCUUAGGGGUCCAGAUAAUACACUCAGGGUCAGGCAGGUUAGAAUCCUUGGUGAUAUUGAAGGUCAGGAGCUCAGCGCCAGGACAACAAAGCACCACAGUGCCCUUUCAAUUCAGCAGAAAAAUUGUGAGGCCGAGACACUCAGGGUUUUCAGAUUGAUCACCUCUCAAGUAUUUGGAAAGCUAAUUCAGGGCGUGGAAAUGGAAGAGGUGGCCGGUGGCGAGGAAGGCGCUGCCGAAGCCGGGGAAAACACCAAGGGAGAGGAGAGCAAUGACUUGAGGGAGCACAUGGUUGGAAUACUCUUCAGCAGGAGCAAACUUACCAACUUGCAGAGACAGGUCUGCCAGCACAUUGUCCAGGCGAUCAGGAGUGAGAGCAGCCGAGUCAAGGAGGAGUGGGAGGCUUUCCUUUGCUCAGCAGGCAGUCAGAUUCAGAGUGUGGCUCCUGGCGAGAAAAUCGUAUCAGACACGUACUGCUUCGAAAUGCUGUCCAUGAUGCUGGCGCUGAGCGGCUCAACGGUCGGCAGAGCCUACCUCUCUCAGCAAACCGUACUUCUGAAGGAUCUCCUGAGUCUACUGCAUACUGGCUCUGCCAGGGUCCAGAGACAGGUAACAUCACUGCUGCGGAGAAUGCUACCUGAAGUCCCCCCUCAGCAUUUAGCAGCUGUUCUCGGCGUGGAGCGACUCCCACCUGCAGACUUCAGCAUCGUGACAGCUUCAAACAAAAAUGGAGUUGCUGAAAACGAGUUUGACAUGCACAAAAUGGGCAUUUUGGAUGUUUUCCUGAGCGUUAUCGCUAAGUCACUGACCGUGCAGGUCAGGGUGAAGGGCGGCGGCAAGGAGACGCAGGCCAAGGGCACCAGCACCGCGUCCCUAGCCACCUCGAUCAAGUCAGCGCCGAGCCAGGGCCGCUGGUGGAUGCGCGGCUGCAACUCUAGGAAGCUCAGCGAGGGCAUCAUCAGUCUGCUCAAGGACAUGGCAGCCGGGAAGCUGUCCGAGGCGUGGGCAGACGUGACGAAAGGCGCCGUGGCGGAAAACAUCCUAAACCUAACAAAACUGCCGGAGUCGUCGAGAUCUCCCCAACAGUGCCUUGCAUCGCCUACGUUGUGGCUAGCGCUCGCCUCACUCUGCGUGCUGGACGCUGACCACGUCGAGAGACUCUCCUCUGGCCAGUGGAGCGCAGCCGAGGGACAGCCCACCGUUCCAAGGCCAACGUGCAGCAACCACGACGACGGCGACACGGCGGCGAUCAUCCAGUGCAACGCGUGCGGCAACCUGUGCGCUGAGUGCGACCGCGUGCUGCAUCUGCACCGUCGGACGCGGCUGCACCAGCGGCAGGUGUGCAAGGAAGAGGAGGAGGCAAUCAAGGUGGACCUGCACGAGGGGUGCGGACGGACGAAGCUGUUCUGGCUGCUUGCACUGGCCGACUCGAGCACCCUGAAGGCGUUAGUCGAGUUCCGCGAGCGCGGCACGCGCUCCAAGGCGGCCGCCGCCGGCACCGUGGCCGCCGGCGUGUGUCGCUUCUGCGGCGCCACCGGCUCGUCGGGCCUGCUGGCCAUCGGCAACGUGUGCGCCGACCACGAGUGCCAGGAGCACGCCAAGAACGCGUGCAGCCGGCUGCACGCGUGCGGCCACAUGUGCGGCGGCGUGCAGGCCGAAUCGCCGUGUCUGCCCUGCCUGCACGGCUGCUCCGACGAGCCCAACCUCAAGCAGGACGCCGAUGACAUGUGCAUGAUCUGUUUCACCGACGCGCUCGCCUGCGCACCCGCCGUACAGCUCAAGUGCGGACACGUCUUCCACAUGCACUGCUGCAAGAACGCGCUCGUCAAGCGCUGGGCCGGGCCCAGGAUCACCUUUUCCUUUGCGCACUGCCCUAUUUGUAAGAGCGACGUGGAACACCCAGUUCUGAACAUACUGCUGGCGCCAAUCAGGGAACUGUAUGAGGAUGUGAGACGAAAGGCCCUGAUGCGCCUGGAGUACGAAGGCCUCAACCGGGCCGGCCGGACGCACAAAGAUCCUGCGGCUUACGCCAUGGACAAAUACGCCUACUACGUUUGCUUCAAAUGCAAGAAGGCCUACUACGGCGGGGAAGCCAGGUGCGACGCAGACGCUGGCAUCACCGAAGACUACGACCCCUCGGAGCUUGUUUGCGGUGCGUGCAGCGACGUGUCUAGAGCCCAAAUGUGUCCUAAGCACGGAACCGACUUCUUGGAGUACAAGUGCCGCUACUGCUGCUCCGUGGCCGUUUUCUUCUGCUUUGGCACCACUCACUUCUGCAACGCGUGCCACGACGACUUCCAGCGGGUCACCAACCUGCCCAAACACGAACUCCCCCACUGCCCAGCAGGCCCUAGAGCCAAGCAGCUGGAAGGCGAGGAGUGUCCGCUACACAUCAAGCAUCCCGCUACUGGAGAGGAAUUUGCGCUUGGUUGCGGCGUCUGCAGAAACGCCCACACGUUCUAAACUGUUUUGCUUUUCACGAACAAAUUGAAUAAGUUUCCCCUUUUGUGAAUUUCGCUUCCCAGUACAUUGAUAGUUACGGUAUUACUGUUUUAGCUGUUACUGUUUUAAUUCAGCUGUGAUUAUAAAUAUGUGUUUGCGUCAACGCUUUGAUUAAUACGGAUAAUCUUUGUUUAAGAGAGUGCUUGAUUUCUGCUCUGUUAAUUCGUGCCAAUAGAACAAUGUAGACACGUUUUGAUAAAGCUGAAUAAAUGAUGCCGUUUCGCUUUACAUUCAUACAA